GCCACCACCCUGUGUGAAAGCUGCAGGCCCCUUUCGAAAUGACUGUUGCCACAAGUGACCCGGCGGACGAGGCCGCAGCUCACCCGGGUCAACCGCUGGACCAGUAUGACCCGGAGCCGGACCAUGAGUGCUGCGAGAGGGUGGUCAUUAACAUCUCCGGGUUACGCUUUGAGACGCAGCUCAAGACCCUUUCCCAGUUUCCUGAGACUCUGCUGGGUGACCCCAAAAAGAGGAUGAGGUACUUCGACCCACUGAGGAACGAAUACUUCUUUGAUCGGAACCGACCCAGCUUUGACGCCAUCCUGUAUUACUACCAGUCAGGAGGACGGCUUCGUCGGCCAGUCAAUGUUACCCUAGACAUUUUUUCUGAGGAGAUCCGCUUUUACGAGCUGGGUGAGGAGGCUAUGGAGAUAUUCAGAGAAGAUGAGGGGUUUAUAAAAGAAGAAGAGCGGCCGUUACCAGAGAAUGAGUUUCAGAGACAGGUGUGGCUCCUUUUUGAAUAUCCAGAGAGCUCGGGGCCAGCUCGUAUUAUUGCUAUUAUUUCAGUCAUGGUCAUUCUCAUUUCUAUUGUUAGCUUCUGUUUGGAGACAUUGCCAGUUUUUAGAAAAGAAGAAGAGGAAAUGUAUAACUUCUUCCCAUCAAUGUCAAAUGCCACCUCCACUUACGAUACCUCCACAUAUUUCACAGACCCCUUCUUUAUUGUAGAAACUCUCUGUAUCAUUUGGUUUUCAUUUGAGUUUCUGGUGAGGUUCUUUGCUUGUCCUAGCAAAGCUGGAUUUUUUGGAAACAUAAUGAACAUUAUUGACAUUGUUGCAAUUAUUCCUUACUUUAUAACCCUUGGUACAGAGCUGGCAGAGAGGCCAGAGGACAGGGAGGCGGGACAACAAGCCAUGUCUUUGGCAAUCCUCCGAGUAAUCCGUCUCGUGCGAGUGUUUCGAAUCUUUAAACUGUCCCGUCACUCCAAAGGGCUGCAGAUCCUUGGGCAGACUCUAAAGGCUUCUAUGCGUGAGCUAGGUCUCCUCAUCUUCUUCCUCUUCAUCGGGGUGAUCCUCUUCUCCAGUGCAGUGUACUUUGCAGAGGCAGACGAGCAACAGUCUCAGUUCAGCAGUAUCCCCGAAGCCUUCUGGUGGGCCGUGGUGUCAAUGACCACGGUGGGCUAUGGAGACAUGGUCCCCACCACCAUAGGAGGGAAAAUAGUGGGCUCUCUUUGUGCCAUUGCUGGCGUGUUGACAAUUGCUCUGCCUGUACCUGUCAUUGUAUCCAACUUCAACUACUUCUAUCAUAGAGAGACCGAGGGAGAGGAACAGGCACAGUAUUUGAACAUUCCCAGCGUGCCUAAGGCCAGCUCAGCAGACGACCUGAAGAAAAGUGGUCGCAGUGGGAGUGGCUCCACUCUCAGUAAAUCGGACUAUGUGGAGAUCCAGGAGGCAGUAAACCACAGUACUGAGGACUUCAGGCCUGAGAGCAUGAAAACAGGCAACUGCACAUUGACCAACACUAACUAUGUCAACAUCACAAAGAUGCGCACAGAUGUAUAAAGUCAGCUGCCUUACAGGAGAUAAGCUGGGUCCUGGACCUUAAUUAUACAAGUGUGAAGGCCUGUGUAUGGCACACACAGUGUAUGGUAGCCCAGAGCGGAUAUCUGAGGUUAACCACAUUCUCUACUAUGACCAGUAUGGUCUUCUAGGCCCUGCCAGGCCUGGACUGGAGAGUAAAGAACUGCCAUUUUAUUAGAGACAUUAUUGCGUGUCUGCAUGAAGUUACUCUUAAUUGUGUAACUGUAGUCAUUCUGCCUCGCAGUAGCCAUAUAGUAGCUCAAACAGUAAUAACCUACUAACCUAACAUAUUGGGACCACUAGUCGCUGCCUUCUGCUCAAACUGCCCCUACAUGUUGCUUGA